ACUUGCUGGGCGGAGCCACCGGUUUUUCACUUCCUAGUUGUGAUGUACAUUGCUAACACAGCUGCACAAUGUACAUACUUACUUUACUAAGCUUAUUUGCCACGCACCUGUUAGCGGGCAGUAUUAACAUCGAGGACAGCGCGGGGCAGUUCUUCAGCAGUGGCCAUACUAACAACUGGGCUGUUCUGGUGUGCACAUCCAGAUUCUGGUUCAACUACCGUCAUGUGGCCAAUACAUUAUCUGUGUACAGAAGUGUUAAGAGGCUGGGCAUCCCCGACAGCCACAUAGUUCUGAUGCUGGCUGAUGAUAUGGCUUGUAACCACAGAAACCCCAAACCUGCCACAGUUUUCAGCCACAAGAACAUGGAGCUGAAUGUGUAUGGUGACGAUGUGGAGGUGGACUAUCGAGGUUAUGAGGUAACAGUGGAGAACUUCCUGCGGGUUUUGACUGGAAGGCUUCCAACCAGCACUCCACGCUCCAAACGCCUCCUCUCUGAUGACCGAAGCAACAUCCUCAUAUACUUGACAGGCCAUGGUGGGAAUGGUUUUCUGAAGUUCCAGGACUCUGAGGAGAUUAGUAAUGUGGAACUGGCUGAUGCUUUUGAGCAGAUGUGGCAGAAAAGAAGGUACAACGAGCUGCUCUUCAUCAUUGACACCUGUCAGGGGGCCUCCAUGUACGAGAGGUUCUACUCUCCAAACCUCAUGGCUUUGGCCAGCAGUCAAGUUGGAGAAGACUCCCUGUCGCACCAGCCAGAUUUGGCCAUAGGAGUCCAUUUGAUGGAUCGUUACACCUUCUACCUGCUGGAGUUCCUGGAAGACAUCCACCCCGCGAGCAAAACCAACAUGAAUGACCUGUUCAAGGUGUGUCCCAAGACUCAGUGUGUGUCCACUCCGGGCCACCGUACUGACCUGUUUCUGAGGGACCCGGGAAGUGUCCUCAUCACAGAUUUCUUUGGUAGCGUCCGCAAAGUGGAGAUCACCAUGGAAACCAUCAACUUGACCGAUCCCAUCGAGCAAUUGGAAGAGAAUGCUGUGAAUGGAGAGCUGCAAAAAGAGAUGUACUCAUAUGCAGACCAGCUGCCAGUGUCUGAGAUCAUCCAUCAGAAACCAAAGCAGAAGGACUGGCAUCCACCUGAUGGCUUCAUCCUGGGCCUGUGGACUCUAAUCCUCCUGGUGUUUUUCCACACGUAUGGCGUCAAGCACCUCAAACACAUCUUCUGAGGUCUCAGUGUUUACGAUGCUGGAUAUCUGAAGGCGUGAAGCGGCAGACCAGGAGCUUGUACCGCAGGGAUCUUACAGGGAAGGUGCAGUUUGUCACAGGCUUGUUUUCCUGAAAAUGGAAGGAGAAUGUACAGCAACACAACUGCUUGUCCAGAUACGGUGUCGCGCUGUCGGUGCCUUUUUUUUUUUUUUUUUUAAUGUUGGGAUGAUUGCUCUCUACUGAUGAAAUGUAAACAUUUAUGUGUUAUUUAAGAUGUGACAAAGAAGAAGGGACAAAUACUUAAAGGCAUCAGAUAUUCAAAGCCCCCACUCUGCAUGGGCAUACCACUAGUGGUGCUGCCAUUUUAAAGUUUUCUUAACUGAGCCUCUUUGAAAAGGAUUUCAACUAUUUAUUUUUUUUUUUUGAGUCAGAAGUUCUGUUUUGUUAAGCCAUUCCAUAAUUGUAUUGAUUUGGUUAUAAAUGCACUGAAUUGAGUCUGCAGAUAAGAAUUUAAUUUAUUUUCAAGAGCGCGCUGCUCUGCAUAUUUCAGCAGCAGCCUUUUUUGUUUAAGUGCUACUCAGAACGUCGGCUCGGUCAAAAAAAAGGAAAAUGUGGGACGAGGGACUGGCUGAUUGGUUGAGUGGGCUGUGGAGCGAUUACUAUUUAAUGUCUCCCCCGUCCAUAUACAUUACACCCCUUGACCGUCAUAUCACGCUCUUGAAGGAUAACAAUCUCACAUAAUCCCAUCUCGCGUGAUGGACCCAUCCACUUUCCCAUUCACCAAAUUGCCCUCCCUGUGGAAACAUCCAUUAGCUCCCCAGCCUUGUACUCCGCUGAUUGUAUUCUGGGUGAUGGACAGCUAUUUCCCCGGCCACUCUGCGCCUCACGCUACAGCAGCGAUAAGUGAGUGAUAACCUAGUAAGCUGCCGGCCGUCCCAAAUGAAUCUCCUCUAUGCUGGGACGUGUUUUCCUCCUUUUUUUUCUGCCUCUCUAUCCAUGUGUACCCACUGUGCAUUAGGCUCAUUGUUAGGGGGGAGUGACUGAUGCUCUAAGCAUAUGGAUUGAACCAGUGGCAGUUUCUUUGCUCCUUGGCGUUAGGGCCCGCCCAUCGGGUGCCUGCUGUCACUCUCCCUUGCGGCUUGAAGUGGGAAAUAGAUGGAGCUGGAAAUGAAACCACAUGUAUCGGAGGGCGGCUGCUGCAUCAGCCACUGUGUACCUUUUCUUAUACAUUAUUUAUGCAGCACUUAUUUCUUUUUCGUUUUUCCUCACUGUUUCUUAUUUCCUGUAAUCCCCCCCACCUCCCCCCCGCUGCCCUUUUAGAGGCUGUAAGAACAUUUUAUUUCCUCAAUUGGUAGGAUUUUGAUGCUACGAUUAAAGAUGAAACACUGAAUCAAAGGAAUACGUUGGUCUUUAACUGCCUCUUUCUUUCUUUUUUUGAAGAAAUAUUGAGCUUCCUUACUUACUCUGUAAUGCUGUUUAAAGAUGAGAUCUGCCUUUACUGUUACAUCCUUGAAGGUAUCCUGGCAGAGCUGAUAGUCUAAUCUUAUUUUAUACCACAAAGACAUCCUUGAAAUUGGUGCUGCUUGAGAUGACUUACACACCUGCUCUGUUUUCUUUCUGGAAACAUUUCAAACAAUCCAGGGAGGUGUUUGAAUGCAGUUACCUUUCUCUUAGAGUCUUACAUUUCAAAAAGACGGAGCAGCCAAUGAAUCCCACCCCCCAUAUACAAUCAGUGUAUACCAGGCUGGCAGCCGAUACAAUAAAAAUUAAAGCCAGCCGAUCUCAGAUGGAUUUGUUUGUUCUUAAACCCACUUCAAAAUUGACUUCAUUUCCUUUGAGCCUCUCAUUCCUACUUUAGCACUCGCACUAGCAGACGGAAUUGAAAAUACUCAGCCUUUCAGCGUGGCGAUGUACUCUCCCAUCUCCUCUGUCACUAUGGCUUCUUUAUGCUAAUGAAGAUCAGUGUCUGUCUUCCUUCGCACCUGACUUGGUGGGGAGAACCCAAUGACAGGACAGUAUUAGAGCAGCCAUCUCCAAAGAGGAAGCGAGACUUCAGGCUGAAGAGUCAGGCAGGAUCCUGUGAAUAUGUCACACAGGUUGUUCAAACGAUGAGCAGCGUAGCUGUUCACCGCUGAGCACGCUGGUUGUCCUUAGAAGUGGAACGUCGACAUUAGCCCCAUGUGACAGCUUGCUAAAUUUAAUGAUUUACGCACAAGCAAACACAAGUACACAUGCUGUUUGGAGAGGCUGUGUGUGCCUGACAGGUUGUCCAAUUUCCAUGGAAACUCUGGAUUUCCCACUGCUUGCCUGUCAGUGAGCCUUUGUUAUGUCAAUCAUUCCCAGGAAUGAUAAUAGUAAUUUUAUCAGUCACAGACUUUCAUUCUCAUCUUCAGCAGUAGCUGUGGCAUAAAUCAUGCUCAGCAGCACUUGCUUCUUGUACUUUUAAUUCUAAAAUGUGGCUUUUUCUUAAACUUUGAGUAACAAAACACAAAUAAAGGAGAGGAGACAAAGCUCACACUCGGAUGGUUGCUUAGGCAGAAAGCCCAGUAAUAAAUAUGAACAGCUUUCUCUUCUCUGUCCAGA